AAAGCACUAUAAAAGAUGGUGUGGGUUCUACAAGCAGAACAUACUCGUAGCAGUGCUCAGACGGGAGAGAACAAUAUGAGACUGACAGUGGUUACCUUGUGCCUGGUUGCCCUGACCAGUGCGGCAUACGUAACGGUGGAGAAUAGAGUUACCGGUGUCAAAUAUGCCGACAAGGAAUUCCUCGAGAAGCAAAAAUUCUUCUUUGAAGUGUUCCGCAACAUCCAUCUUCCUCUCACCUUCGAUGAGUACGUGCCAUACACCAAGACGUGGGUUACGGAUGAGACUAAAUAUAUAGAUUUCAAGGAAGUCGCUGAAUUCUUCGCACACUACAAAUUCGGUUUCUUACCGAAGGGAGAGGUGUUCACAAUUUACAAUAAGGAUUACCUGAAGCAAACUUACCUUCUGUUCAACUUUUUCUACAAUUCAGCCGAUUGGGAUACUUUUUACAAAAAUGUUAUUUGGGCUCGUGAGAACGUUAACGAGGUUAUGUUCGUCUACGCUUUGACCAUGGUUGCUUUCCAACACCCGGAGCUGAAGGGAAUCGUGCUACCAGCGGUUUACGAAAUCUAUCCGUACUAUUUCUUCAACACCGACGUGAUCCAUAAAGCUCUCUACAAGAAACUGUACGAACCUAAAUUCGGAUUUGCCAGUAACGGAAAGUUCAACGUGGUAUACUCGAAUUACACUGCCAAUUAUCCGCUGGACUACUAUGGUGAAGAUAAACUGAGCUAUUUCACUGAAGAUAUUGGCCUGAACUCCUAUUACUACUACUUCAUGAUGGAUUACCCAUUUUUUGUCGGCGAAAGUAAAUUCAACCUGUUCAAGGAUCGCCGCGGAGAGCUUUAUUUGUACAUGUAUCAGCAACUUAUCGCCCGCUACUACUUGGAACGUCAAGUUAACUUUAUGGGACCAAUCGAAGAAUUCAACUGGGAAUUCCCGCUUAAAACUGGUUACUGGCCAAAACUCAGCUAUUGGAAUGGAAUUUCAUUUACUGGGCGAAGUGAUUACUACACUGUUCCCAAAUACAACUAUUUCAAGGUUGAUCUAAUUAAGGACUAUGAAGCUAGAAUCCGGCAAGUGAUCGACCAAGGAUUUCUUUAUCUGAAAAACGGAACCAAGGUUGAUUUCCGCAAGCCACAAUCAAUUGAUUACCUUGGAAACCUGAUUAGCUCUAACCCAGAGAGCUACGAUAACGAGUAUUAUAAAAAUAUCGAGUUCUUCGCUCGCCUAUUGUACAGCGGUGGCAAUUACUUCACCAUUGAACCAAAAAUAUUCCCAAGCUCUCUGAUGCAUUUUGAAACAUCAAUGCGCGAUCCAUUCUUCUAUCAACUGUAUUACAAGAUUCUCAGUUACUACUGGCAGUUCAAGAGUUAUCUUCCUCACUAUACAUAUGAUGAACUGUAUUACAAGGGUAUUGAAAUUAAGAAUGUUGUGUUCGACAAGCUGGUAACCUAUUUUGAGUAUGUUGAUGCUGACAUUAGCAAUGCCAUUCCGAUGGGUUUCUCGGCAGAUAAAUACUGGGACUUUUCAGUGUUUGCUCGUCAAAAACGCAUCAAUCAUAAACCGUUCACAUAUACCAUGGAUGUCUAUUCGGAGUUCGCUGGAAAGGGUGUUGUACGCAUGUAUAUGGGUCCAAAGUUUAAUGAUGUGAAACAAUUGCAGUAUCUUAAGAAAUAUUUCGUCGAAGUUGACCAGUACGUGUACGACUUCAUCGUGGGUAAAAACUCUGUUGUUAGAAACUCUCGCGAGUAUUACUGGAGCGUUCGUGACCGUACUACUUACACCGAUUUGUAUAAAAAAAUCAUGACCGCCUACAAGGGUGAGAACAAAUUCGUAUUGGAUAUGUCAGAAGCACACUGCGGUUGGCCCGACCGUCUACUGCUGCCAAAGGGUCUACCUGGAGGUUUCGAGCUAACGUUCUACUUCAUCAUCACUCCGUUUUACACACCGAAGGUAGAGCAGUUUUCAACCUACGAGUACACCUAUAGCUGCGGUAUUGGCUCUGGAUCGAAAUAUAUCGACGAUCUGCCGUUCGGCUUCCCCUUCGAUCGUGAGAUUGACUUCAGCUACUUCUUCACCAAGAACAUGUACUUCAAAGAUGCCCUGAUCUAUCACAUUGAUGAUAUGAAACUCAACCAAUCUUACUAGGGAAUUCGACGAAACAUUUUGAUCGACAAGACUGGAAUUAUGCGUAGACUAGAUUAACUCCACACAAAUAAAUAAAAGCAUAUUGAACAUAAAAUAAGUUUCUUUAAAUGAUUGGUUUCUGAGUCAAAUCAUGUCAAGUGGGCACCGAAAUUUGCAAUAAAUCACUGAUUCUCAUGA